CACGCUCCCCUCGUUGGCAUCAAUUUCCCAUCCCACCUGUCCACCGUCGCCCGCCGCUAUCUCGCACCCGAACCCAGCGCCUCCCUCGUCGCCGCCGGCGCGCCGCCAUGGUGUCGCAGCACGGCAUCCUCCUCGCAGUUAACAUCAUCUCCGACCAUUUCGGUCCUAUCGUAUCCAAAGUGUGUGGCUGCCUUCUGCGCAACGGCGCGCUGUCGUUGCAGGAUAUCGUCCGCCGCCUCGAACUCUCGCCCGGGCAGGUGAAGAACUCCCUCCUCAUUCUCAUUCAGCACAACUGCGUUCAGGCCUACACAAGCCCCAGAGGGGCUGGCGAUAGGACAGUGACGCUCUACCUGGCCAUCUUCGACAAUGUUCUGCACCGGCUGCGCUUCUCAAAGUUCCUUUCCGUCGUCCGUGUGGAUAUUCCUGAGUCAGAAGUUCUUCUCGAAGGAUUACUUCAGAAUGGUAGGCUAACAUUUGAGCAACUUGUGGAGCGAACAAUAUUUAAAGUAUCAGAAGACAGCCCCUUACCAACAAGGGAAGAAGUACGAAUGAACUUCAACAAACUUGUCUAUGCGCAUUAUGUGGAACGUUGCCCAAAACCAGAACCUUUUUUUGAUCCUCUUGCGGUUGAACAACCUACAUCCACAAGGAAACGGGCUCCUAAAACUGUUGAGGCGGUUCUUUCACUUGAGCAGAAAGUUGUCUGUACUGCAGCUCUAUCUGACGCUGAAAGAUUUUCUGAGAUACCAUACUUCAUGGACGGGUCAUCGAGUGCAAAAGAUGGCCAUCAUGCUGUUGCUGGUAAUAAGCGAAAACAUGAAACCUUAGAAGUUGAUGAAGAUGAUUCGAUAAUUGCAGAAAGUGAAGUACUUUGGCGGAUAAAUUUUGAGAGAUUCAUAUUUUGUUUAAAGAAGAAGUUUUGUGCAGAACGAAAGAAAGCAAAGAUGAGGCUCGGAACACUUGCUAUAUGGGAAGCAUUUUUUGAGGCCAAUGUAACAAACAACGACAACAAGACUGGUAAUACCCACUAUGAGUCUCUUGUGAAAAAGAAACAUGGGCAAGAAGCUUAUACAAUCUUUAGGUUAUUGCUGAAACAAGGCUCUCCAGUUGAGACGGAUGAAAUUACUGACAGGACAAUUCUAGACAAGCAGGUUGUUCAUGAAACUCUAUACAAGCUUUGGAAAGAUGAAUACAUAGAUUCAGAGAGAGUCCCUUCAACAUCAGCAACAGGAACAGGAAGCGCUCAGUUCUUUGUUUGGAGAGUAAAAAAUAUUUAUAGGGAACACUUCAUGGACAAUCUUUACCAUGCUGCUUUAAACUUGCGCCAGAUGGUCAAUUAUAUGGCUGAACUACUACUUGAGGGUUCAAAGGAUGAAAUCAAGCUUCGGAACAGAAAAAACAUUUUGAUCCUAGCUCUCACUAGACAUGAUGAAUCCCUUAUGUUGUUCCAUGAUUUUUGAGAAUACUGGAACAGGAUCUGGUUAUAAAUUUCUGGUCUUUGGAGAAACCAAAGCAUGGUGAUUUUUCUUUGGAAUUGUCAAAGCUUCGUACCUAUGAUGUUGUUGAGGGAGUUGCUCGUCAACUUGAAUUGGACCAUGCAUGAAAAUUCGGCUUACAUCCCACAAUUGCUAAUCUCAGCAACCUAAACCACAGCCUGUCAAGUAUCGAACAGUGGAGCAUCUGUUGGACAUGCUCAUCCUUUACAAUCAGAUUAACCUUUUUUGUUUCUUUUGGUCAAUAUGAGCAUGAUUUCCGUGUAACAAAAUGUGUUGGACUUCCUGAACUUUAACAAAGAUUAUUACAUUCAGUUAAAACAUCGUUUCCCCCAGUUUAUAUGUAACAUCAGAAUAGAUGUUCUUUGUGGUUAAAUGUCAUUGUGCGCCAAGUCAUGCA